UAGAAAAGAAACAUUUAUGUCAUUGUGCAAGACGUUCAACCCCAUACUUCUGCAGUAAAUGAUGUCAACUUCCUCUUCUCUCAGUAGUCUGAAUAUAUGGUGAGCACAGAUGAGUGUCAGCAGAUCUUGAUUGUGUGACUGAAGCAGCAUCUUCUCUCUUCUGCUGGAUUAUUGGGCUCUUUUCUGGACUCUAGAGAAAUGAAGCUCAUCUUUGGACUGAUGCUGCUGAAAACUGCUGCAUGUCUGGAGUUUAACUGCAGGUUUAAUCAGUCAGAUCCCUGUUACGCAGCUCUGGGACACAAACUCAAUCUGCUGAUGGUGGACACUAGUAGAUAUGACCUGAAGAUACUAAAGAUAAUAAACUACAACUCAGAUGAUCCAGAUUGUAGAGUAAAGAAUGACAGGAUAAAGGAGAAUGAAUGUGAUCUUUUUAAUAACAGACCUGAAGUGUCAUUCAUUAAUGGGAUUCUGAUAAUAAAUCGUGUGAUCAGAGCAGAUUCAGGGACUUACAGAUUAGAAGUCUUUGGCUCAGAUGGCAGAAAAACAACUAAAUAUCUUCAAGUGAUUGUUGAAGCUCCUAUUGGCUCAGUGGAAGUGUCAAUCAUCUACUCCUCCUGUGGGCUGAUGAGGGUGUUCUGCUCCUCUGAUGGGGAUCCGCGCCUCUUCAGCUGGACUCUGAAUGGAGAUCCACUGAUGGAUGGAAACAUCAUUGAUCUGGAUGAGGGAACUGAUGGAAACAUCAGCUGCAGCGUGAAGAACCACGUCAGUCACCGACAGAAGACCGUUAGACUCAGGGACCUGCAGAGAGUUCCUCAGGGGCACAAAUGUUCGGAGUUUCACUGCAGUUUUAAUCAGCCAAAACCCUGUUACGCAACUCUGGGAGACAAACUCAAAUUGCUGUUGGUGCUGGAUCCUAGUAGAUAUGACCUGAAGAUAUUAAAAAGAAUGAACAAUACACAAGAUGAUCCAGUUUGUAGAGUAAAGACUGACAAGAUGAAGAAGAGGGAAUGUGAUCUUUUCAAUAACAGACCUGAAGUGUCAUUCACUAAUGGGAUUCUGAUAAUAAACAGUGUGAUCAGAGCAGAUUCAGGGAAUUACAGAUUGGAAGUCUUUGGCUCAGACGGCACAAUAACACCUGGAGAUCUUCAAGUGAUUGUUGAAGAGAGUUCAGUGUCUGUGGUGUUUGUUCUGGUCUGGUGUUUUCAGAUGAUGUUUCUGUUGGGUCUGUUAGGAGGUUUUCACAUCUACAUGAGACACACGUCAGGAAAGAAACAGGAAGAUCAACAAGUGAGAAUGAGCAGAUUUAGAGAAGGACAUGAACACACAGCAGAAGAUUGAGGAGAGCAGCAGCAGAUCUCAUCACAUCUAUGAGAAAUCACUUCAGAACGACCAAGACUUUCAAAUCCAUACAACAUUUAUUUUACACAUCUGGAGUCACUUUCACAAGAUCUUUGUCAUUAUAGAAUAUUGCAAAACACAUUGUUCUUCAAGAAUUGUAAAUUAAAUAUGUUUAAACUGUAAACUGUUUAAACUGUUAAAACAAUGUUUUAACUGUAUUUAGUUAAAAUGUGAAAUUAAACUGUUUUUGCAGUCAAGACACAGCGUACAUGAAUUAAAUUUAAACAAGUCUGCAAUAUAAAAGCAAUAAAUCUAAAUAGAUAUCAAAUUAAAAAAAAUAACUUUAGUAAAUGAGUCCAGCUGUAACUCUUGUCUCCUCCUUGCUUCCUUUAGCUUCUCUAUCGUCAGUUUUUUUGAGUCAGAAACUUUAAUGACAAGCACUUUUUCAGCACCAGAUUUGCAUGCACUGAAUUCACAUCUUUAAAUGUCCUGGAGCUUUUUAAGUUUCUGUGAAUGUUUCUGCAUUAUGCAUAUCGAUUCCAUAUACACUAUAUUGUCAAAAGUUUUGGGACGCCUGCCUUUACGUGCACAUGAACUUUAAUGACAUCCCAUUCUUUCUUUUUUUU